AUGGCCAGCCUAGACCCCAGUGAGUAUGGUAUCUACCAGCUACUACCCCCUAACGGUACCCGACGACCGGGGAAAGAUUAUUCUGGGACAAUUCUCAUUCAUUGGAUGCGUAUUAUGGAUACCCAGGAGGACGUGGUGGAUUCUAAAUCUCAAGUGGCCGAAUUUGAGUAUAAAGGCGGAAAGCUGAUAGAAUCAACCAAAAAUGAGCUCUGUUACCUACGGCAUAUCCUCAAGGGCCUGCCCCUAGGAUCUACCUUGGCAAUUCGACCUAGGGGGUAUAAAUUUUUCGGCGCAAGGGUGAAAAGAACAGGGAAUAAGCUGAUCCUUGUAUUAGAAACACAGGCUUUCCUGGGGAGGGGUCAAAUGAAAGGUUUACUCUGUAAGAGGACCCAACCUCAAAAGGUUUAA